CCAUGACCACUCUCAGGCUUCUCUCUGCUUGUAGCAUUUGUUUCCUCAGUAUCGCCAAAUUUUUAUAGCACAUUAAUUUUGAUCUUUCCCAAAUAGUUGGUAGCCAUGUACUUAACACACAGGCUGCAUUCCGAUAUUCAUUGCCAGUACUGAAAAUAUAUAGUUCAAGUCACGUAUAUUAUAGAUUUUCAAUGCUUGCAAUGAAUAUCGGAAUGCAGUCACAAACUCAGCAACUCAGCUUUUGAGUUGUGUAUCUUGUGUAGUAUUGUAUCGUGUUGGGAAGCAUUGUGUUGGGCACUGUGUCAUUUUGCCUAUCUCUUGCUGAAAAGCUCCUUAUAAAAUGAAAUUUUGAAAUAUUUUGAAAUUAUCAUCAAUAUGAAUGUAUGUAAUAUUGUUUAUCAUCUCAAUACAUUCAGUUUAAUUAUUGCAAGCAAUUCACGUUAAUAAGGAUAAGAAUAAUAAGAAUAAGGAGGCAUGUGACAAUUAUUUUGAAAUAUUGAUAUAUAAAGUGCAAAUAUUUACGUUUGGUAAUCAUAACUUUCUGAUGUAUCAACAUAUUAUGCCAAAGAUUAUACUUGAAAUAGUAUAUAUUUGCAAAAAAUCUUUGCAAUAUUAAUAUACCAAAUCUAUAUAGAGAGCACUUUUACAAUGUCGAAUUCUAAGAAAAGUUCAGAUUGUAAUCAGAAAAAAGUUACAGUGCUCGAAGAGCCACAAACAAACAUAAAGAAAAAGGAAGAUACAUCAACACGACCUAAGUGCGAAUUGGAUUCAAAUGGUUGUUUAAAUCUCCAAAAUAUUCUGCUGAUGUUUGAUAGUCCUGUAAGUCAAGAACGAGCAUGGGCGUUGUGUUAUCAAAUAGCUAAUAGUUUAUCAUGUUCAACGGAAAACAUGUUUUAUGAAAUAUCAGAACUUUCACAAAUUAUACUUCAUAAGAAUGGAGAUAUCUGGUUUGAAAACCUGGCAGGGUCUAAGCAACUUGUUUCCGAAGAAAAGGCGGUGUUCUCAUUAGGCAUGGCAAUAUUUAAGGCCUUAGACUUUGGUUCUAAUGCUGGAGAGGAAAUAGCCUUAUUACCAGACUUAGAAGCUCUCAUUACUUUGAUGACAAACUGUAAUCGAACCUAUGAAGGUAUUGAAGAACGUCUACAAGAAACUGAUGAUGAAGGCAUUGAGCGAGACUCUGGUGAUACUGAUGCAGAGGAUUAUAUGAUAUCAAGGGCUACUGAAUCAUAUACAGAUAAUUCUAAAUGUACUUUGAAAACUGUUCUUCAAAUAUGUGCAAGACACAUACAAAAUUCACAUGAAGAUGUUGAUAAUUAUUACCGGAAUGUGAUACAAACAUUUAUAGAGGAAGCUCUUAAUCUUUCUCAAUUUCUAGAGAAAAUAGUUGUUGACAAACAAGAUUUGAUUAGUCCAUGUAAUAUUGAUCGUAGUUCGACUUCACUGCAAAAUAUUGACACAUUAGAUUUCAAUGAUUGGACGGACAUUAGAAUUUGGAGGGCUAUACAAGCUAGAUUUUGGGUUCAAGUUAUUAGCGAACUGAGACGAGGAGUCAAAUUGAAAAAAGUAGAAGCUAACAUGAGCUCUCGUACAUUAUCGCGCGAACAAGGAAGUCUUCCAGACUAUAAGUUAACACCAUAUGAGAGUUUAAUGAAUGACAUUAGAGAAAGACGAUAUCAUCUCAGAAAAACACCACCUACGCCAUCAAGGAAGGACGCUCAUGCUAUCAUUCUUGAAUUUAUUCGGAGUCGACCACCUUUGAAAAAGGCUUCAGAGAGACGACUACGACCAUUACAGAAGGAAAGUACCUUAAGAGAAUUACUCAUGGAAAGCAUAAAGAAGCCUCCAAAACCUUUAAGAUCUUCUGGUUGGAAACAAAAUGCUUCCAAGAUUGAAGAAAUGUCAAUUUGCGACAUAAGCGGCGAAUCUCGCAUGAUAGUCCUUGGAGAGGUACCACCGUCGCAGCCAGAGCAAGAGCAAGAGUCUGCACAGGAUGUUGCGGCUCAAUGGUUGCAAUCGGAGGAUCAAAAGACAUUGGUAUCUGAUGGCAGCAUUCUGGCGGUAGCGAAUCGUAGGAGGCAGAAUGUACCACCGGUGCCACAGCCACGGCAAAGGGUUGCCAAGGAGAGACCUGAUAUCAGGGUCUUACCUUCCAAUAGGAAUCGUAAGUCGCGUAGAAGACGCAUUACGGUCGCAGAUAUAACGCAAAAUGGAGAGAAUAUCAAUGAAUAUGAAUCAGCAGUACCAAAACUUUCUGGAAGAAAUUUGGAUGUUACUAGGCGGGCCAAGAAAGUGAUACCUGUCGACUUUGACUUUAAGUUAGAUGCAGAAGAUGAUGAUGAUGACUAUGAUGAUGAUGAUGAUUAUAAUGAAGAAUAUUCUGUGGAGACAAGAUUCGAAGAAGAAGAUGAAAUCUGUAACUAUUGGCAGCUUAAAAAUUACAACUUUAACACUCAAAAAAGUGUAAGAAACGUGCACAAGGAUCAUGAUCAAAGGGAUGAUGAUGAGAUAGGAUCCGCAAAUCCAUGGCGAAAAACUGGCGGACUUCGUUUAACCAGAAACGAGUACCACCGAUUCUGUGAUACUCAAUUAGAAUCUUAUGAUCUAGCAACACAAUGUCCUUCCCGGAGAGCAUCCGCGAGAAGACACGCUGCCGCAAAAUGUACUAUACCACUAACGUCGCUCACAGGAACAACAUCUUUGCCUCAAUCAAGACCACAAAGUCGGCAACACUUUGGCCUCACAGAUUCAAUAUUGAAUCCAAGUCCCAACAUUAGUCUGAAUCCCAGCCCAAGUCACAGUCCACAGCCACGAGUACCAAGACAACCGCGGCGAGCACAUACAAUUGCACAUGAGACUAAGAAUGACAAAACUCAUGACAAUGAUUUUGAAGAUGACAUCGAUAAGAAAGCGACGUUAGGAGAUAUGCUAUUAGAUGAAAGGCUGUCUUUAACGUUGGACGAGAUUGUGCAUAUUCGUAGUGUACUUACGAAAGCCGAAUUAGAAUCUCUUCCCGUGGAAGGACGUGUAAAAGAAGAUGUAGAGAAAAGACGCGUCUGUUUCUUAUGUCUGAAAACACGCUUUGGUCUGCUGGGCCCUUGGGGACAACGUUGUCGUUUAUGCAAAAGAACCGUUUGUGUAAAAUGUUACUCAAAAAUGCGAAUACCAACAGAGCAAUUUGCCCGAGUGCCGGUUGUGCUGCUCUCUCCAGGACUGUUACUUUCGCCCACGGAAACAGAAAGCGAUAGCAGCAAGAAUUCUUGGUUAAGGAAUGCAGGAACUGUCGGUUCUGCACCAGCUUCUCCUGCAUCUAGACGAAAAGAUUCUGCAUUGCGUAGCGGUACACCUGCUUCGACGCCAACGAUGACACCUAUUUCUGCACUGACACCUACAUCGACGCCACCUUCUCACGCGCGUCGAGAAAUGGAAGGUCAAGAAUUAGAUAAAAGAUGUUACAAAGGUAGUGGCAGUCCUGCUGCGCUCUCAACUACGAAGACAUUCUCUACCUCGAGUGGACCGAGUGCGGAACAGCAUAUGGCUGCGGAACGAUUGCGCGGCGUUGCAGUUGUUGUCUGUCACGAUUGUCGCAUCAUGGUUAUCCAAAUAAUUAAGAGCUCAAGAACAACGCGUGCAACGAUACGCAAUAACGUCAUUUCUCGUCUCACCUUGAACCUUUCCCCUGCCUAUAUUUAAUUUUCACUACCCUUUAAAAAAAUUUUUGUUAUCGAUGUUUAUCAUUUUUUCUAUCAUUUUGUCACAUAUUCGAAUUUUAUGUUUUUAUGAAUUCUUAUAUAAUGAAAACAAUUUGAUAACAUACAUUCAGUACGACUUAAAUCAAAAGAAAGUAUAUGUCGUUUGCGUAGAUAGUAAAAUUGAACAUUUGUUUUCUCGUGAUAUGAGUUGCUAUAUUGAUUUUUGUUACAAGAUAGUAUGACAUAAGAAGAAUUCCUUGUAUUUAUACACGGUAUCCGCUAUCAUAUUACCUUUCGUGGGCAAGUAGAGCUGAUAAAAUUGAGUAGAAAAGUCUUUUACUAUUUUAUAAUUUUCGCGAUAAUUAUCGAGUUAUUAGUUUUUAAAAAUCAUGAUAUUAGCCCGACCCACCAGCAAAUGCAAGCGCGCGCUAAGAUACUCCCGCCCGGCAAUUAUCGUUGCUAAUUAUUUUCUUCAAGUGGCAAUAGCUACGCACCAGCGGCGCGGUCGCGUGGUACCGCGGUCGCUAUUGCCGCUUGAAGGAAACAAUUAAUCACGCACCGAAUAACGAUGAUCAUCGGGCGGGAAUAUCUUAUCGCGCGCUUGCAUUUACUGGUGGGCCGGGCUAAUACGGUGAUUUUUGAGAAUUAAUAACAUGAUCGCGGAAAUUGCAAAAUGACAGAGGACUUUUCUACUCAGUUUUACCAGCUCUACCUAUCCAGAGAGGUGAUACGACCGGUGAUACCGGAUAUCCUGUAUCAAUUUCUCUAUAUUUAUAGGAAUGAUAAUCUCAAUGAAAUAUGUUAAUAUUCUUUAGUCAUACUUUCUCCGUUAAAGCAUUUAUGAACAAUUUUUGAGUAAAAGAGUUUUUCUUUUUAUCCGAAUAAUGGAUAUUUUAGAUUAUAAAGAAGAAGAGGAAGAAGGGAAAAAAAGAAAAAACGAUUGAUGUAUAGAUGAUUCUAUAAAAUGUCAUUAGAAAUCUUUCUUCAUAAAACGAGUUCGGACGUAUGUUAUAAUGGCUAUUUCAGCUCGAUUAAAUACUUCGGUAUAAUCUAA